AUGGUUCCGCCAUCAGAGAUUAGGAUCCUCCCUGGACUUUACUUUGAAGAUAAAACCAACCGGUUCUCGGUAAUAUGCAAGUGCAAGUUCAGAAACGAAGACGGUGAUUGCAUCAGCUUUACUUGUAACCUUGGGGGAUGGAAAGAGAAAUGUGGAUCAUCUAACCAAGAAAACUUAGCUCUGAUCAUGUGUUCAUCAGUUACAACAACUGUUUCCAUGCUAAGAAAAGCCAUGAUCUCAAUAGAUGUUGCAACACCACCGCUUCGUUCAAAUUCUUUGUCACUAAUGGUGUAG